CGGGGCCUCUUUGUGGGAGGGGCACCGCCUGGAGGCGGGGCUUCGUCGGUGGGGCGGGGCCUCCAGUGCGGGCGGGGACCAGUUUUGGGGGCGUGGUCUAAGUGAGGGGCGUGGUCGUCGGAAAAGGCGGUGUCUGUUGUGUGGGCGGGGCCUCUGAAGAGGGCGGAGCCUUAUCUAUGGGUGGAGCCUCGUGAAUGGGCGGAGCCUCCACAGUGGGCGUGGCACCGUCUUUUGGGCGGGGUCUGAAGUGUGGGCGUGGCCUCCGGUGUGGGGCCGGCCCCAUGGGGCAGCCUCACCCCACAGAAUGGGCCCCCUAUGGGGCAGCCCCCAGUGUGCCACGACCCUCCACUCACGACCCCGAGGCCUCGCCCAGUUGUGGGGCAGGCACUGCGCUAUGGGGCCAGCGCCGUGGGGAUAUCCUGGGAGGCCACGCUGGGUGGGCCCCACGUGGGGCUCCCCCCGGCACUGUGGGGCCGGCGACCGCCGCAUUCUCACCUUUGUCACGGAGCCGCGGUCGCCUGUCUCCAUGGGACCGCUGGAGAGCUGGCGGUGGUGACCAGGACACGGAGUGGUUGGAGCAGGAUGGAGAGCUGGCGGCAAGAGAAGGUGGAGCAGAUCCUGUCAGAGUUCCGGCUGAAGGAGGAGGACCUGCGGAAGGUGAUGCACCGCAUGCAGAAGGAGAUGGACCGCGGGCUGAAGCUGGAGACGCACGAGGAGGCCUCGGUCAAGAUGCUGCCCACCUACGUGCGCUCCACGCCCGAGGGGUCGGAGGUCGGGGACUUCCUCUCGCUGGACCUGGGCGGCACCAACUUCCGCGUGAUGCUGGUGAAGGUGGGCGAGGGCGAGGAGGGGCAGUGGAAAGUGAAGACGAAGCACCAGAUGUACUCCAUCCCCGAGGACGCCAUGACAGGGACAGCUGAGAUGCUCUUCGACUACAUCUCGGAGUGCAUCUCUGACUUCCUGGACAAGCACCAGAUGAAGCACAAAAAGCUGCCCCUGGGCUUCACCUUCUCCUUCCCUGUGCGACACGAGGACAUCGACAAGGGCAUCCUGCUGAACUGGACCAAGGGCUUCAAGGCCUCAGGAGCAGAGGGAAACAAUGUGGUGGGGCUGCUGCGGGACGCCAUCAAACGGCGCGGGGUGAGACGUGCCCCCCGGCCCCACUGUCACCGUGUGGGUCCUCCCCUGGGAUCCAUCAUCAUUGUGUGCAUCCCCACCCCGUGUCUGCUGUCACCACGUGUGUCCCCAUCCAAUGCCCACGUCACCACGUGUGUGUUUCCCCAUCCCAUCCCCACCAUCAUUGUGCGUGUCCCCAUCCCAUACCCACUGUCACCACGUGUGUCCCGAUCCCAUGCCCACAUCACCGCGUGUCCCCUCCCGGGGCAGGACUUUGAGAUGGACGUGGUGGCCAUGGUGAAUGACACCGUUGCCACCAUGAUCUCCUGCUACUACGAGGACCACCGCUGCGAGGUCGGCAUGAUUGUGGGGACGGGCUGCAACGCCUGCUACAUGGAGGAGAUGCACAACGUGGAGCUGGUGGAGGGCGACGAGGGCCGCAUGUGCGUGAACACGGAGUGGGGCGCGUUCGGGGCGUCGGGGGAGCUGGACGAGUUCCUGCUGGAGUACGACCGCGUGGUGGACGAGACCUCGCUUAACCCCGGUCAGCAGCUCUACGAGAAGAUCAUCGGGGGCAAAUACAUGGGGGAGAUCGUGCGGCUGGUGCUGCUGCGGCUGGUGGACGAGAACCUGCUGUUCAGCGGGCAGGCCUGCGAGAAGCUCAAGACGCGCGGCGCCUUUGAGACGCGCUUCGUGUCGCAGGUGGAGAGCGACUCGGGCGACCGCAAGCAGAUCUACAACAUCCUCACGGCCUUCGGGCUGCUGCCCUCGGGGCCGGACUGCGACAUCGUGCGCAUGGUGUGCGAGAGCGUCUCCACGCGCGCUGCCCAGAUGUGCUCAGCCGGGCUGGCCGGCGUCAUCAACCGCAUGCGGGAGAGCCGCAGCCAGGAGACCCUCAAGAUCACCGUGGGGGUGGACGGCUCUGUCUACAAGCUGCACCCCAGCUUCAAGGACCGUUUCCACGCCACGGUGCGGCAGCUGACUCCCGGCUGCGACAUCACCUUCAUCCAGUCGGAGGAGGGCAGUGGGCGCGGGGCCGCGCUCAUCUCGGCCGUGGCCUGCAAGAUGGCCUGCAUGAUGGGGCAGUGAGCCGGACUGGGCAGCGGGGACGCGCUGAGGAGCCGGGACUGAUGCGGGAAGGGCUCGGAUGGCGCCGGGACGGUGCCGGGGCUCCCCAAUAAACGGGGUCAGCGUGGACUUCUCCUCCAGGAACGCUGUCCCGGUGCUGCUCUGUA